AUUUUCGUAAAUGUUUCAACCUAUUAAGCUAUUCAUUAUUUUGUUUAACCUUGGACAUAUUUUUAGUAUAAUUGUUUUUUUAUUAUAUAUAAUUUUAGUGAAUAGUAGGAGUAUUAAAUAAAGAAAUACACAUUAAAUUUUAACUCGCUUUUUUUGCUUUUUACAAUCAAAAAUGCUCUACGGUACCUUCAUGAAAAGGUUGCAAGCCUAGAAAAUUAAUGUAGUGUAUGAAUAACCCAUGUAUCUUUUAAGGUCAUAUUUAUGUAACACGUGUAACCUAAUUAUAAAACCUAUUUAAUCAAUGUUUAACAUUAAUAAAAGGCAGUCUUAAUUAUGAUCUCGUUGUUUUCGUUCGUCUCCUAAUACAUCUCGUACAUGGCGACCCUGCCAGGAUGGUCGACCACCCGCGCGCCUCUGUUAUACGAAACCUUAUUACUAAAACGGGAGUGGAACUUUUAUAAGAUAGUGUAUUGUAUGUUUUAACGUAGUAGAAAAAUUAUAAUAUGUUAUAAAAAAUGGCAUUAUUAAAACAGAGCGAUCGUUUGGAUAAAUUAGACGUAAUUCGUGUGUAUUGGUUUGAAAUCCUGAAUUAAGGCAAUGGGUAACCAAAAAUCUCAGGAAGUGGUCGUCGCUCAGAAUGCUGCAAGUGGGAUAAAUCAGGCUACGGCAGACCAAAUACAAUGGCAUAUGUCGACUACUAACAUAUUGCUCAUGAUCAUAUCUCUGUGCAUAUUUAUGGGUAUGCUGUAUUUUGCGUAUACUUUGUAUAAGAAGUGUAUACGAUGGAUAUCGCGGCAAACUAAUAGAGCUGCAUUGAGAACUUCUUUUUUUUGUCGACCAGCAGAGACUUCUGGAUGUCUUGAGGGUGAUGCUCAGGCACGAGCUCCGAAUAAACUCUACCCAGGUGUUGUGUAGUGAAAAGCGAUGAUAAGUGCAUGGUUCGAUAAGUGCUCGGUUAGAUAAAAUUAUUUACUAGUAAAUUACGUAUUAUUAAAUAGUGUAUGUGCGUUUGCGUUUAUAUGGUACGGAUAUAUUUAAUGGACUGUAAUGGUAAUUAAUAAUUUUAACUAUGAUAAAAUAAUGUUAUUUAUAUAAUUAUACUUCGAAAAUGAAUAAAAAUGUAAUGGUAAGUUAUGGCAAUUUAUUUACAGCCUUUAUAUAGCGACUUGAAAGAAGUUAGAACAUAUUUAAUAAAAAUAGGCCCAAAGAGGAGGCAAGGUGAUGUUCUAAUAAAUAAAUUAAAUGCAACUAAUUAAAUAUAUGGGCGAUAUUUAAACUGGCUAAAUGAAUAUAAUUUAAAAUUAAGGAAGGGCGAUGAUGAUGAUCAACUUGUGAGAAGUUUUUGUAACCAGUUUUUAACAUUAUAUAACUAAAUAAUUGAUUUAUGUCGUAGUGGUUUACCGAACUCUGAAACUACUGUAACAAUGAAUACUUUUGAUUUAAAAACCGCUUUGAAUUUAUUGCCCGUUAUGACCGAUACCGAGGCCAAUACUGAACAAUUAAUAGACAAUAUUGAAUAUUAUAAUUCUUUAUUGGAAAAAGAAACGUGUAAAAAUAAUUUAAUAAAUUUUGUUUUAAAAAGUAGAUUAUCUCAAGCUGCAAAAUUAAGAUUAAAUACUAGUUAUUCAAAUGUGAGGGAUUUAACAACUGCAAUUUCGAGUAAAUUAGAAAAUAUGAAACAAAAUAAUUUAUCUAUUUCAGAUUAUGGACAACAUGGACAACAAUUAUCUGAAUUAUUCGUGAAUCUUACGAUAUCGCAAGCAAACGGAAAUUCAGAGAGUUAUAAAAUUUUGAAGCCAUUAAAUGAAAAUAUUGCUGAUAAAAAAUUCGCUGAUGGUUUGCGAAAUCGUAGGCUCAGCACUAUCAUAGCAGCUAGGAAUUUUAGUAGGGGAGACCGAGGGGAUUUGAAACAGAGGUGAUUUGAAACAGUACCGAUUUCUUGGAACUUAAAACCGUUAGCGAGUUGUCAUCGUCGCUUUUCAACCACUUCCCUCCGCCCGCUGACGUGUCAGUUCGCGUAGGUGGCGUAAGUCGCGCGGUUGUGGAGUAAUACAUGUCAUGUGACAAAAAUCGUGAAAAAAUGCCUACUGAUUAUAAAAGAAAGACUGACAGAGGUAUGGCGAGUCGCGAAAUAUAUGAUCUAGCAGCAGAAGAAGUAACUUUCCGACAGAAAAGUCUCCGUGACGCGGCUUCGAGUUACAACCUGAACCAUACUUCCCUCUAUAGGUAUAUUAAAAAAAAAUGCUUAUGAAGCUAACGAAAUCGCAACUUCUCCAACGGUUGGAUAUCCCGAAAAAACUGUUUUUACAGCUUCAGAGGAGAAGAUACUCUGUGACUAUCUUUUAAACUGCGCUGCUGCUAACUUUGGCCUAAAAACUAGGGAAGCCAGAACUUUUGCCUAUAGAUUGGCUGUAGAAUAUAAUAAAAAAAAUUCCUUCUUCUUGGACUGAGCAUGAAAUGGCUGGAGAGGUUUGGCUUCGAUCUUUUAUGAAACGUCAUACUGUUCUUUCUCUAAGACUACCUCAACCCACAAGUAUCGCUCGAGCCACAAGUUUUAAUAGAACAAACGUACAACUUUUUUUUCAAAAUUAUACCGCAGUAGUUGACAAACACAAGUUGCAAGGGAAAGAUAUAUGGAACGUUGACGAAACUGGCAUUACAACUGUUCAGAAACCAGACCGAGUCAUUGCCCGACGAGGACAAAAACAAGUGAGUGCCAUGACUUCCGCAGAGAGGGGAACAUUGGUAACUAUAGCACUAGCAGGAAAUGCUAUUGGGAAUCACUUACCCCCAAUGUUCGUCUUUCCGCGGAAAAGAUUUAAAGAUCACUUUAUACGCGAUGGACCUACUGGAUCAAUUGGCACUGCGAAUGGGUCAGGCUGGAUGCAAGAAGAAGACUUCUAUAUAUUUCUUAAAUUUUUCAAAGACCAAAUUAGACCAUCAAAAGAAAAUAAAACACUAUUGUUAUUAGAUAACCACGCUUCACACAUAGCAGUUAAAAAUAUCGAGUUCUGCAGGGAAAAUGGCAUAAUUCUAUUAACUUUUCCACCUCACUGCACCCAUAAGUUGCAGCCAUUGGACAGGGCCGCUUUUGGCCCAGUGAAAAAAGCAGUUAACACUGCUUGCGACAAUUGGAUGCGGUCUAAUCCAGGAAAAGUAAUGUCUAUCUAUGAUAUUCCUGGAAUAGAGAAAACAUCGUUUGAUAUAGCCGUCACACCGCGUUAGAUAUCUUCCGGAUUUAUUCAUACCGGACUUUGGCCAGUUAACACUGAAAUAUUCCAGGAUGCAGAUUAUUUUCCGAGUCAAAUUACUGAUCGACCUUUGGUAACUUCUGUUAGUCCUGGUCCAUCAAACUCUAACUUUAUGGGAAUUUCAAGAAGUGAAGAACCCGUGACAUGCCCUACUUCUGGCACAAGUGAUGAACGUCCCCUUGCAAAUAGUAUUUUACAUGAUUCUCGUACACCAAGUCCAUCAAUCUUAAAUUUACCAACUACUCCACCUCAAAUCAGCUACGACAGAGAAGAUGUACCAAAAUCUGCAGGAAAUCCUGAUAAGAAUUCACCUGAUCUGGCGAUAUCUGCAGUAAUGCUUAAAACUGUCACGAUGCCUUUAACUACUGAAUCCGUUGUUUCCUCCACAGUCUUUACGUCUGAUAUAAUACCAGUAGCAUCUACAUCACGAGAUACUUCAGUUGCUGUGACAGCAAUUCCAUUCUCACCUGAAACUCUUAGACCUUUGCCAAAGGCUCCACCAAGGAAAGGACAUCAAACAAAUAGACGCAAAGUGAAAUCCGCUAUCUUAACCGACACUCCCGUUAAGGAUGAACUAGCUGCAAUCGAAGCAGCUAGAACGGUGAAGAAAAAGCAGAAAAAACCUUACUUUGAAGAAACAAAAACAAGAAAAAGAUCAAAACCAGGCACUAAAACUAAAAAGAUGAAGGUUGUCAAGAAACUAAAAGGAAACGAAGACAGUGAAGCAGAAGAAUCCUUUUGCAUUUGUUGUUUUGAGCCAUAUUCAAAUAGCAGAGCCAAAGUAAAAUGGGUGCAGUGUUUGGAAUGCAAAAACUGGGCUCAUGAAGCUUGCACUGGUGGGGAACUUUCGUAUGUUUGCCACAACUGCUUGUCAGAUUGACGUUUUUUAUUUUUAUUUUUGAAAUUUGUGAGAUUAUUGAUACUUAAAUAUUUGAAGAAAUAUUAAUCAAGACUGAUUGUUAUACUUAAGACUACUUACUUUAAUAAAUACCUUAAAUUAUA